AAACGUUUAGACUACUUUCUUUCUGAACUUGGAAUGGAGGCAUGUGCGUUUACAAAUGUUUUCCAAGAAACUGCUCAUUAUUCUGUCAUAGCCCAUGACAACGACAAAAAAAGUGUAUUUUGAAAUUAACCGAAUCUAAGAUAUUUAAAACUAUCGCGGUUUCUACCACCUUACACUCAGUCUUGAAACUUGCGCAGACUUCUGACAGUUUAUAUUCAAAUUCAAGUUUUAUUUUGUAGAACUGACAGUAGGCUAGGCUAUUUACCUCUCAUCAUGUGCGAUACUUAAUGGGAUAGUAAGAAUCAUAAAGAAGAACUUAUUAAGUUCCAUUGUACAGGAUGCACUUCGGAAAUAUCCACUUGUAGGAAAUAUAAAGUUAGUCAGUCCGACGUUUUGCUUGCUUCCAUAGGAGGCAGUUUCAAGUUUGUCCACAUAGCGGUACUAUACAAUAAAAAUGCCAUGCGCUCUGCUCGCCACCUCAAGUGAACAGGGUUGCAAGACUUUCUGUUAAGUUCUGUUCAAGUGUCGGGUUGCCUUUUUCAGUGCGCAGGAGUUCGGUGGACUGGACACAUACUUUAAAGAAAUGGCAUAGGCCAUCAUCGCAAUGGAAAAAUCCUGUUUCAUAGUCUGGGUUUCUCUCUCACUUAGCUAACUUUCGUCUGGGUCGUGCGAUUGACCCUCAAGAAUGCGUGAGCCAUAAAUUAAAUAAAGCUCCCAUUCUGAAGUGGAUCAAUUCCUUUGACAACGCGCGAAGUGCAUAUCCAUCCCACUGCGGACAAAACUGCAACUGGACAAAGGCAACUGAAGUCACAUUCAUGUGUGCGAAACUAUCCAACCUGUGAGACAUUAAUGCAGGGACAAAGAUAAAGCUAUUGCAAUGUCUUCCAAAAAUUCCUCUCCCAUGUCCCCGAGUUCUGAGGGAGAAUUUGAGAGGGGUCGGGAAUCAGAGAGCUGGGACAACGAUGACAGAGACAGGAUUGAUCACCCUGACAUACCCACCACACCACAGUCACACGCGGAGGAGCCACAGCCCGUCAGCGGUCACCAACAAGACACUGAACCGGAUGGGAUUGGGUCUGCCCCGCAGGACUCAGACAGCAAUAAGGUGAGCUCCUUGUAUUCGCACCUGAGCAACUCAAAUGUUUCAUCCCCACACAAGCCAGAGGAGCGCACCGACCCCCUGAAUGCAUCAGCCUUCGGGACGCCAGAGAGACGCAAGGGCAGCCUAGCUGAUGUGGUGGACACACUCAAGCAGAAGAAGCUGGAGGAGAUGACAAAGACUGAACAAGAUGAAUCGUCUUGCAUGGACAGGCUUCUGUCAAAGGACUGGAGGGAGAGAAUGGAAGGGCUGAAUGCUAGUGAGCUUCUGGGAGAGAUCAAAGGUACUACAGAGAGUCUCGAGGAGAAGGAGCACCAGCUCUCCACCAUGAUCACUCAGCUGAUCAGUCUGCGGGAGCAGCUUCUGGCCGCCCAUGAUGAGCAGAAGAAGAUGGCCGCCUCACAAAUGGAAAAGCAGCGACAGCAGAUGGACCUGGCUCGCCAGCAGCAGGAUCAGAUUUCGAGGCAACAGCAACAGCUCCUGCAGCAGCAGCACAAGAUCAAUGUCCUCCAACAGCAGAUUCAGGUCCAGGGUCACAUGCCUCCUCUCAUGAUCCCCAUCUUCCCUCACGACCAGCGCUCCCUGGCUGCAGCCGCCGCAGCUCAGCAGAGCUUCCUCUUCCCCCAAGGGCUGUCCUACAAGCCAGGUGAUAACUACCCCAUGCAGUUCAUUCCAUCCACCAUGGCAGCUGCUGCUGCGUCAGGCCUGAGCCCAUUACAGCUGCAGCAGUUGUACGCCGCCCAGUUGGCCAGCAUGCAGAUCUCUCCUGGCGCCAAGAUGUCCGCCCUCCAUCAGCCUUCAGCAGCUAACACCUCAGGGUCUAUCUCACCCUCCGGCCUCAAGAGUGAGAAGAGGUCCUCCAGUCCACAAACACACAUGAAGGAUGAGGGCACUCAGCCCCUAAACCUCUCAGCUCGACCCAAGAGCAUGGAGUCCCUGCGUUCCUCCACGUCCCCCUCACACAGCCUGUUCCCUGGCAAUAAAACAAGUCCUAACAGCCUGGGUAAAGGUGCCAGCCCCAUCCCCAACAUGAGCCGUGGAUCCUCACUUGACAUCCUGUCCAGUCUGAACUCGACAGCGCUGUUUGGGGACCAGGAUGCAGUGAUGAAAGCCAUCCAGGAGGCGAGGAAGAUGAGGGAGAGGAUGCAGAGGGAGCAGCUGCAGCAGCAACAUGGUCUGGAUGCAAAGUUCUCCAGCCUCAGCAGCAUGAACCUCCAUAAUGGCAGCCAGGCGCGCGCCCACUUUGAGAGUCUGGGGCAGCAUCUUGGAAAGCUUGGUGAUGAUAUGAAGAUGGGUCACAGGGUCAUCGACCUGACCAGACCUGAGGAUAUGGAGGCAGGGGGCGGUGGCACUGUCGAGGCGCGGGUGUUCCGGGAGGCUCGUGGGAGGCACACUAACGAGCCCCACAUCAAGCGGCCCAUGAACGCCUUCAUGGUCUGGGCCAAGGAUGAGCGGCGGAAAAUCCUACAGGCCUUCCCUGACAUGCACAAUUCCAACAUCAGCAAGAUCCUGGGUUCCCGCUGGAAAGGGAUGACCAAUCAAGAGAAGCAGCCAUUCUACGAGGAGCAGGCUCGACUCAGUAAGAUCCACCUGGAAAAAUACCCCAAUUAUAAGUACAAGCCGAGGCCCAAGCGAACCUGUAUCAUCGACGGGAAGAAGCUGCGCAUCAGCGAGUACAAGCAGAUGAUGCGCUCAAGACGGCAGGAGAUGAGGCAGUUCUUCAACAUGGGGCCACAAACCCAUGAGUUACCUGUGAACUCAAGUACAGGUACGAUAUAUCCAGGUAAUAUCACCAUACCAAACACCCCGCCCCCACCUCACAUACCGUCAGACUGCUCCAGUGUCUCUGGCAGCCCAGAGCCUGCCAUUCCUGUCAUCCAGAGUACCUUCGCCGUCAAGAUGGAGCCCAGCACCUUGGCACCCAGUGAAACCACCAACGGUGAGGACGACAUAGACAUGUAUGAGGAUUUUGAGAACGAGCCCAAAUCAGACUACAGCAGUGACACCGAGACACGCCAGCGGGCGAGCGCUAAAAGAGCGUCCUCACACCUCCCUCUGUAAAAGUCUCGCAUCAACGAUGAGCUUGUUUGGAAAGAGUCCCACAAACAGGUCUGACUGUUCUGGACGGAGCAUGGGAGCGGAGCGGAGCGGAGUGGAGUGGAGUGGAAGCGCGCUGGACUCUCCACGAUUUUCCAAUCGACCGGAGCAGGCAAUGAAGCGGCCGCUCCAUGUCCCUCAAGUCAGUGGCACGCACCACGCCCAAACCCCUUUGUGCAUACGUCACCGUCUAGGCAUCAAGUCGUCGCCUAGCCACGGUGUUCAGCUGUAUUUCAUACAACUGUGGGCUAAUACACACCAAUGCCAAAUAGAGAUUUAAAGAUGACCAAAACAUUGAUCUGGAAAGGGAGCAUGCCUCCACAAGCAGAGGGAGUAUGCUUCCAUAUAAGCAUAGAUGUCAGAUGUCAUGGAAACUCAGUGUUUUGCAUGUAUGGGCUAAAAUAAAGUGCCACGGUGGGUAUCAGCAAUAAUAAUUAAAACAAUAAUAAUAUCUAACAUUGAAAACAUUAGAAGUCACUAUAACACAUUAUUCGACCCAAACUGAUAACACUUCCAUUUCCCCAACUGAAAAUCACAGUGUGGGCUGACUACAUUUUACUCGUUGUCAAAUUAUUUAUGAACACAAACCGUACACGGAUCCAUUUUGGUCCUGGUGUUUAUUGUUUGGCGCCAUGUUUUGUUCUGAGGGAAAAGGAUGUUAAGCACUGGAGCUGGAGGACAAACUCCCACUGCAUGUGUGUGUGUGUGUGUGUGUGUGUGCGUGCGUGUGUGUGUGUGUGUGUGUGUGUGUGUGUGUGUGUGUGUGUGUGUGUGGUGAGCCUUCCACCCACUCUGCUCUGCUCCGCUCACAUGCUCUGGCUCGGACUGUCACCAAACCAACCGAUCAAGCUCGUAGUCUUUCUGCCUGUCCUUUUUUUGAUUGAUUGAGCCAGAAUCAGGGACAGGAGACGGUGACACUUUUCAGCUAAAUAUGUUUUUUUUUUUAAAAGAUUGCAUGCGUCUAAGGCUAUUAGUCUUACUCUGUUUGUUGGUCUUAAGACAUUUCUUAAUGUGUGAAGUUAGGUUGUUUUUAUUUUUAUUUAAUCGUUUUCAUGUAUAUAUUUUCUUUUUCUUGCCUCAUGGACACUUUUUAUAGUCAAGUCGUAGCCUGUUUAAACAUUGUACUGUCAGGACUUGAAACUUAAAAUGAUAGUAUUUAAAAUAAAUGUAUUGCUUUUUCAGUCUAAAAUUUGACUCAUACUCCCCAUUGAUACUCAUAUUAAUGUUUGCAAUGGGAGUUCCUUUGCUCACUCAGGAAUGUUGUGCCAGCUUGUGAAUGUGUUUUGAAUGAACUAUUUAAAGACCCGGGGGAGGGGGGGGAAAUUAGGUACUAUAUUGUUGACAUUCAAUCCCAUUGUUUUCAGUAUGUUUGAGAUCUACUGGUGCCAAACAGUAAAGUAGUAGUAGUCGUAGUAGUAGUAAAUCAUUCAUUAUUUAUAAUGGCAUUGAACAGCACAAUCGCAUUAUGAAAUUCCAACCUAAUUACUCAGGAUGUUGCCAGUCUGUGAUCCCCCAGUUGGUAGAGGCCAAUGCCUUACAAUCCAUGGGGUCUUCAUGGUGAACAUAAGAAGACACUCAAGCCUCUGGAGCUUUGGGUUAGAGGCGCCCACACAGGGGAACAGAUCUGAAGACAGAUAGGCAGAGGUCUUACAAUAUCUUGAGCUGACACCAUAAUGUUUUAAAAAUGAGUCUUAAAUCUGAAUGCCACCAUUUAAGAGGAAUUCAUGUAUGUAAUGUAUCAAUACAACAUAUAGAUGUGUGCAUUACCAGAACUCCCUUGAUAUUGCAGGUAAAAUCACAGUUGAUUUCACCAUCACACUUAAACUAUACGGUUUACAAAAGUGGGACAUAUACAAGUGUUACCUCUACUUUCAAAGUGAUUGCAUUUUUUCCAAAGGUAUCAUCAGUGAUUAGGCAGAAUUGAAUAUGAUUUCAUCCAUACUUAUUCAUUAAGUAAUAGUGAUUACAAAGACUGGGUUUUAAUCAGGCUAGUCUGCUGCCAAAUGUCAUAGUGUUGUUAUGGCAUCAGGUAGCGAUAUGGAAGAAUUCAUUUCUGGCCAUAGUUUUCAUAGUCUUAAUUUUUUCUACUUUUUUUGGAGGUGGGGGCGGGGGGGGUAUUUUAAAUUAAAGUUUGCAGUUUCUUUUUUAUUUCAAGUUGAAUAAUGGUAAGUUAUUUGAAAUUCUUUACAUUUUUCAUAGGGCAAUGUUUGUAGGCUGGUUUUGUUUGGAAUUUGUACAUUUUUCUGUGCCAAAUAAUGUUAAGCUGAUUCAAGCUCAAAGGCAAGUCACAAGAUGAUGUAUUGUCAUUGGUGUAUUGGAAAACAGAUAAAACCGAGAAAUAUACUGAACCUUUGUAGCGAUUCUGUUGAAUAUUUUAAGUGUUAUAAGCACUGGAUAUAAAGUGUAUUUUUAACUAAUUCUGAUGUGAAGAUUAUACAAAACAACACAUAGGUUGUGACUAAGAUGCACACAAGUUUGAAUUUCUUUCAAUUUCUGGCAAUUUAUCUCAUUUUAUGUCAUUGACACUUUUCAUUUCAAAAGAGAAUGAAUGAAUAUUGACGCUCCUGCACAGUGCUGCCUGUGGUUGUGACUAGUCAGCCUCCCUCAACUGUAACACACACACACACACGCACACAUAUACACAUAUCCCAGACAUACACACAGAACACAGAUUUGUGUUAAAUAUUGUAUUUUAAGCUAUUUAGUGUAUAAUAUAAUUUUGUUGUAUUUAUUAGCCUCUACUGGCUCUAAAACAAUGAGAUCAAGUGACAAUCAGGAAAAUAAAGACUUUGCAAUUUGAACUUA